GGCGGAGCAUGUGGGAUAGCAUACAACAGUGCAUGUACUUGUAGGUAUAUGGACUACAAUUAAUACCACAUGCAUGGUGAGUGUCAGGCAAGGGCAAUCAACCGCCCCAAUGCAGCAUAGGAGAACAAGCUGCGUAGCUGAGCACAAAAAAAAAAAAAAAAAAAAAGAUGCAUUGUGGCCUCUGCUUUGUCUUCCCCCUUUACUGUUUAUACACACUUACAAAUACGCCUCGGCAUUUGGUAGCUGCUCAGCUCAGCAUAGUACCUAAUAAACGAUGCAGGAUGCCAUGCUUCAAAGCCCAG